UUCACCGUAGAGUACAUCAUUCGAUUAGAAGCUUUUCUUCAACACAGUCAGUUGAUUCAAGACUAAACUUAACCUAAACCAAAAUGAAGUUCACAUUGGUACUUGUCGUUUUCGCUGUUGUUUGCUCCAUGGCCUUUGCAUCGCCUGAAAACCUGGAAAACUUAGAAGAUUCAGGAGUUGUGGAGUUAGUUCGUCAUAAGCGUUUGAGCUGCCUCUUCGAGAAUCAAGCCAUCUCAGCAAUAGCAUGCGGAGCCAGCUGUAUUACCCGAAAAGGAAAACGAGGUGGAUGGUGUUCGAAUGGAGUCUGCAGAUGUACACCUAAUUAAACAUUUAGAUGAACCAAUUUGUAGAACGUUUUUUAAUUUAAUAUUAAUUUACCAAUAAUAUGAUAUUUUGUUAUAAUAAAUUUUAUUAUUCAACCAAAAAA